ACUACGAGCUGGCUCUAUGGAGUUUCCCAUCUCCUCGAAAGUGUCUCUGGUCCGGCUAAAGCGUUGUGUUUCCAUGGUAGCUGAUACGAGUCAACCAUGAUGUCCGCUGUGAAUAAGGGCGCCGCCUGACAUUUUAUAGCAACUCAACAACACAAAAGGGGAAAAGGCGAGCAAGUGCAUGGUUUAUAUUGCCGGUACAGAUGGUGGUGCCGGACGGCAAAAACUUUAGUAACAUUUCUGAAGGUACUUUUCAUAGAAGACGCGUAUGUUUUUGGUGCGUUUUGCGAGGCAGAAGGAAGCAGCAUUAUUGUGUGCCACACGGAACUUGGGAGUUGAAGCGUAAGCUAAAUUAAUUAGCUGAACUAAAGUAACGUUAGCAACAAGUAACAACACAUGCACAUGAGACGGCGUUAUAAACGCACAGAAAAUGUUUAAAAACACAUUUCAAAGUGGAUUCCUAUCUAUAUUGUAUAGCAUUGGGAGCAAACCUCUUCAGAUAUGGGAUAAAAAGGUCAGGAACGGCCACAUAAAACGGAUUACAGACAAUGACAUCCAGUCGCUGGUGCUUGAAGUGGAGGGAACAAAUGUCAGCACAACUUACAUCACAUGUCCUGCAGACCCAAAGAAGACACUUGGCAUCAAACUACCUUUCUUGGUUAUGAUCAUCAAGAACUUGAAGAAGUAUUUCACCUUUGAAGUCCAGGUGUUGGAUGACAAGAAUGUGAGGAGGCGGUUCCGGGCCAGUAACUACCAGAGCACCACGCGGGUAAAACCCUUCAUCUGUACCAUGCCCAUGAGGCUGGACGAUGGCUGGAACCAGAUCCAGUUCAACCUGUCUGACUUCACACGGCGGGCCUACGGCACCAACUACAUCGAGACACUCCGUGUGCAGAUCCAUGCAAACUGCCGCAUCCGGAGAGUGUACUUCUCUGACCGACUGUACUCCGAAGAUGAGCUCCCUGCAGAGUUCAAACUGUAUUUACCCGUACAGAACAAAGCAAAGGUGAGCACAAAUAAUGUCAAUUUCAAGAUACAUUUUACAUUUUGUCAUAAUGUAGGCCUACAGCCAAUGUUUCCUAAAAUAAAUUCCGUCACUGAGCUAAUUUUAGGUCUGCUGAGCACCAACUUGAGCGAAAAUUCUGUGUCACCUGUGGCGCGCGUUUACUGUGAACACUGAGGCCUGCUUAAGUUAGUUUGCUACUGUGGCUAUUUUAUUAUAAUGUGGGACUACCAGAGUGGCCUAUCAUCAAAAGCAAUGGAGAAAAUGCAUCCCAUAACAUUUUAACAUGGAACUAUUGAAAUAGUGAAUAAUAGUUCCAUGAUACAGCCUACAGUAGCAGUGUGAUGCUUAUUGGUUACCUACAGUAGCAGUGUGAUGCUUAUUGGUUACCUACAGUAGCAGUGUGAUGCUUAUUGGUUACCUACAGUAGCAGUGUGAUGCUUAUUGGUUACCUACAGUAGCAGUGUGAUGCUUAUUGGUUACCUACAGUAGCAGUGUGAUGCUUAUUGGUUCUUAUUUAUACAGCACUGCCCCUUCAAGACAUAAGAAAGCUUUUACCUGACUUGCUUUUCAAAGAUGGCUAGAAAUGUACACAUUGUGCUUUUGUUGGAAGCCAUCACUCCUCCAUUGCUGACUAGCUAUAACUGGGGAAAAAUAUCUUGCUUUGAUCCCAAAACAAGCACAUCUAUUCAUGACCGCUCGUGCCUGUCAAUUGCAAUCCAUCCGACGAUGCGCUCUGCCUAAAACUAAAUCUGACUGAGUCGUGCAUAGUUCAUUUUGUUUCCGUAUGUUGCAUUGAAAGGGGGCUAAUAUUAUGUUGACUCAAACACAGAGUGAAACGUUGACAGUGACGUUCAGUUCAAUCUCGCGUGUCUUCGCGGGCUGGUUAUUUCUUCUGGACUGCAUGUGGAGGGAACAUUGACCACAGUCUGCACCCCAAAUAGCACCAAAUUCCCUUUAUAGUGCACUACUUUUGACCAGGGUCCAUAUGCAGCUCAAAGAAUGAUCUGUUUAAGUACAAUAUGGAUUGCAGUUCUUGUAGCUAAUUGACAUUUUUGUCUUCUGUAUUUUUAUAGCAGUAGGGCAGCUGAAUCCAUUCUCCUCCUCCAUAUCUGCAGAUUGUCUGAAUUUAAUGUUUGUUUUUCAUAUUUUGGAACCAUGUGAUUGUUUCCUAAAUUCUUGUUUCUCUGCACAAUAAACAUUUAGCAUAAAAUCAGCAAA